AUGUAUACUAAUCUCGAAAAAAAUGCGAAGGUUCCCGUAUGCAAGGAGGCUUUGAAGAAGCUGAAAGUUGAAUUCCCAAACUGGGUCGUGCCCGAAGGACCUAGGGAUUCACUUGUGUCAUCUGGUUGGGAUUGGGUGAAACUUUGCAGGUACUGCGUGCAUCAAAGUCUUCCUGAACCAUUGUAUACAAAGUAUGUUCAUCACAAAGGGUACCGCCACGAGGUUGAGGUAGGUGGAGGUGCGUACUUUGCACCCCUCAAAUACUAUGCGGCGGAGCUGCAAUCAGAGCAGAGCGCAGCACACGUGGCUCUCUAUGACCUGCUCGUGAGGGAGGAUUAUGGGAGUGCCGAUACCGAAGGACCCUCGAGCUUGAAAAAGUCCAAUGAGGCACAACGAGGCUCUGUUGACUGCCAUUCCCCAGGACCAUCAUCGAAAAGGUCUUUUGAGGCGCUCCUGGAUGAAUCUGCUCAGGAUUACCUUUGUUCGUCUAUUGGCAAACGUGCUCCGGCGAGGAAAUUGGAAGACUACAAACAUUUAGGAAGAGCGAGAGGGCACGGCGGCAAAAACCAGUCGCCGCCAACUUCUUCGCAGGCCAAACCUGCCCCAGGCGACGCUAAUCUGCAGCCAUUGAAAAACUGCAGUACUAGGACUGCAGUGCAUGAAGCCUGCGCUUGGAAUGUUUGCAAUUAUCUGAUUGAUCUGGUGAAGGAGGACAUGAUGCUGGAAGACAACGCAGCCAAAGAGCACGAAACAAUUACUCGGUGGGGUGACACAGCUAGGAAGUGA